AUGAGCAAAGACUCAUCUGCAACACACCUCCACAUGCAUCAGCCUCGGCUGGCAGAUUUCUUUGAAGAGUUCACUCGGCCUCAUACAUCAACAGCUGGGGCCUCGUCAAACCAGCAGAACUUAGCCCAAACAUCAGGUGCUCACCAAUCGAAUGGAGCAAAUGCCGCGACAUACGGUUCCUCCUCGCCCUCGACGAUCCCCUCAUUCCUCCCCGUCGAAGACAUCUACGUCCAGCCACAGUACCAGCCACCCAACCCAGAAGAUGAAGAUGAUGUCGUGCCUGACCAACACGCCGCAUUUGGGAUCACGCGCGCCAUGGAACGCAGACGUGAAGCUGUGUGGAGAGACCUCGGACUUGAGGCGCUGGUGAAUGGGCAGGGGCAUGGUGGAGGUGCGAUGGCUGCGAGUGGAGUAAGUGGUGCUGGCGUCAUGGGUUCUGGGCCUGGUGCAACUCUGCGCGGGAGUGAUGGAGGUGCGGCAUCCGCUGCGUCAGCUGCGGUGCGGGUACGCAGUGCAGGUAGGAAGAUGGGUGGGCGAAGGGUGGUCUGCCUGCGCUGA